AUGGCCGCCGUACGCGUUAGUUGGGUCGUUUGCUGUUGUGGCCUGCACGCCCGCUGGGCGGCGCGCUCCCUCGCGGGGCCCUUCCUCGACCUCGCCCUCGCCUGGGCCUGCCUCUGCCUCGCCGCGCUGCUCGCCGCGGCCGCCAGCAUCCUCGCCCUCCCGGGCCUCACACUCUCCUGCACCUGCGAGCGCCUGCACCUCCCCUGCUUCCUCGCCUUCCUCGCGCGCUAUCCACCCCGCACCCUCGCCUCCGUCCACGCCGCCCUCCACGCCCGCUUCCCCUUCGCUGGCCCCGCCGCCGACGGCGACGAGGCACCCGCCCAGCCGACCGCCGACGUGGAGGGUGCGGAUCCGCGGGGGCACCGCGAGGAGGUGCGCGCCGAGCUGCAGCGGGAGCUCGAGAAGGAGCGCAGCGCCGCGGCUGAGGAGGCCAUGGCCAUGAUCCUGCGCCUGCAGAAGGAGAAGUCCGCGCUCGAGAUCGAGGCCCGCCAGCAGCGCCGCACCGCCGACAAGCGCUGCGCUUUCUACGAGGACGAGGUCUAG